AUGGCAACUUUACUAAAAACCUUCUUUGUACUUACAUUAUGUGUUGCGGACUUGACUAAGGUUUUUAGCUCACAAACAGGAGAGAUAGUUUAUGAGUUAGCGUUUGUUGACUAUGACUGGAAUUAUGCUUCAGAAAAACAAGAAGCUAUAAGAAAUGGCGACUACGUCGUUGAAAACAAUCUAAUCGCCGGAGUUAAGGUCUAUAAGAAUGACGUGUUCGUGACGGUGCCAAGAUGGCGAUUUGGAGUUCCUUCAACACUCAAUAAAAUAGUUCAUCCAGCUGGGAGGACACCGAUUUUGAGGGCGUUUCCUAGCUGGAAAAUGAAUAAAAUUGGGGACUGUGAUGCACUUCAGUACGUUCAAAGCAUGGAGAUAGAUCCAAACACUGGAUACAUGUGGAUAAUUGAUAUGGGAAGAGGAUCACCAAUACCAUCUAAGACGAACUGUCCGCCAAAGCUGGUAGUUAUCGAAAUUUCGACAAAGAAAAUUAUUCACAGGUAUACGUUCCCGUCUAACGUGGUAUCUCCGGUAACUAAUUUUAUGAACGAUAUUGUGUUGGAUUAUGCACACGGAGAAGCACGAUACGCUUAUAUUACUGACACACGUGACGCAAAAUUGUACGUAUAUGACGUCAUCAGAAAUGCUUCAUAUUUUUUCACCCAUGAAACAAUGAUGGCACAACCGCUGGUUCCUGGUCUCCAAGACAACCUGAUUUCUGCUCCUAUUGAUGGAAUUGCCAUCUCUGCCGAUUUCAAGUUUGUUUAUUACAGUCCGUUGUCAGCCCAUAGUCUGUAUGCAAUUUCAACUUCAGUGUUACGUAACGAGAGCUCCGAUUUUGCAAAGCACGUGAUUAAUGUUGGAAACAAGAUGGGUGGUUCGGAUGGGAUGGUUUGCGGACAGCAAUCUUUAUUUUAUGCCGGUUUUGAACAGAAUGCUGUAUUUAAAGUCAACGUGCCAGAAAAAAGCGUUGUUUCUAUGGAGACAGAUACCUUGCUUGUUUCAGACAACUCUUCUGUUGUAUGGGUUGAUACAUUUGGAUUUAAUGGAACUGACCUUUGGUUUGUUUCUAAUAAAUUGAACAUUUUUAAUAAAUAUAGGAUGGACUUUUCUGGAAAAGUAAAAAACAUGUUUAUUUGGAAAAUGAACGUUGGUGAAAAUAGUUAUUUGUACAGGGCAAUAGAUAGAACCGCACAGUCAGCGGUCCCGGGGAUAUUUGGAUAG